GGUGCGGGAUGGCGAGCAGGGCGCUGCUGGCCGUCGCUCUGUGGCUCUGCGUGGAGACCCGGGCCGCCUCUGUGGGUUUGCCUGGUGUCUCCCUGGAGUCACCCACCCUCAGCACACAAAAAGACAUCCUUACAAUUAUGGCAAAUUCAACUCUCCAAAUUACUUGCAGGGGCCAGCGGGAGUUGGACUGGCUCUGGCCCAACCAUCAGAGAGGCUCCGAGGAGAGGGUGGAGGUGACAGAGUGCAGCGAUGACUUGUUCUGCAAGACGCUCACAAUUCCCAAAGUCAUGGCCAAUGACACCGGCACGUACAAGUGCUUCUACCAGGACACCAAUAUGGCAUCUGUUGUUUAUGUCUAUGUUCAAGAUUACAGAUCUCCGUUCAUUGCGUCUGUGAGUGACCAGCACGGCGUUGUGUUCAUUACUGAGAACAAAAACAAGACCAUGGUGAUUCCGUGCCUGGGGUCCACGUCAAACCUCAACGUGUCACUCUGUGCGAGGUAUCCCGAAAAGAGGUUUGUUCCUGAUGGGGACAAAAUUUCCUGGGACAGCAAGAAGGGUUUCAGCAUCCCCAGCUACAUGAUCAGCUACGCUGGCAUGGUCUUCUGUGAGGCCAAAAUCCACGACGAGACUUACCAGUCCAUCAUGUACAUAGUCGUGGUUGUAGGGUACAGGAUUUAUGACGUGCUGGUGAGCCCCCCUCACGGUGUGGAGCUGUCUGUGGGACAGAAGCUUGUCUUAAACUGCACAGCGAGAACCGAGCUCAAUGUGGGUCUGGACUUCCACUGGGAGCACCCUUCUUUGAAGCACCAGCCGAAGAAAGUUGUGAACCGGGAGCUAAAGACGCAGCCUGGGAGUGAGAUGAAGAAAUUCUUGAGCACCUUGACGAUCGAGAGCGUGACCCGGGCUGACCAAGGGUGGUACCUCUGUGCGGCAUCCAGCGGGCUGAUGACCAAGAGGAACAGCACUUUUGUCAGAGUCCACGAAAAGCCUUUUGUUGCUUUUGGGAGUGGCAUGGAGUCCUUGGUGGAGACCAUGGUGGGAGCGCGCAUCCGAGUCCCCGUGAGGUGGCUGGGUUACCCACCACCUGAAAUAAAAUGGUAUAAAAAUGGAAGACUCCUGGAGUCCAAUCACACGAUUAAAGUGGGGCACGUACUAACCAUCUCAGAGGCGAGUGAGAAAGACACGGGAAACUACACCGUCAUCCUCACCAACCCCAUCACCAGGGAGAAGCAGAGCCACGUGGUGUCUCUGGUUGUGAAUGUGCCGCCGCAGAUUGGGGAGAAGUCUCUGAUCUCGCCGGUGGACUCCUACCAGUACGGCAGCUCACAGACGCUGACCUGCACCGUGUACGCCGUGCCUCCCCCGCACCACAUCCGCUGGUAUUGGCAGCUGGAGGAGGAAUGCCCCGAGCAGGCCGGCCAGUCGGCCUUAAUGACAAACCCAUACACUUGCAAAGAAUGGAGAAACGUGGAGGAUUCCCAGGGAGGCAAUAGAAUUGAAGGCAGCAAAAAUCAGUUUGCCCUAAUUGAAGGGAAAAACAAAACUGUAAGCACCCUUGUUAUCCAAGCGAACGUGUCGGCGUUGUACAAAUGUGAAGUGGUCAACUCAGUGGGCAGAGGAGAGAGGAUCAUCUCCUUCCACGUGACCAGGGGUCCCGAGAUUACUCUGCACCCGAGCACCCAGCCAACGGAGCAGGAGACCGUGUCUCUGUGGUGCUCCGCAGACAGAACCACAUUUGAGAACCUCACGUGGUACAAGCUCGGCCCGCAGGCCCUGCCGAUCCACGCAGGAGAGUUGCCUGUGCCUGUCUGCGAGAACUUGGAUGCUCUCGCGAGACUGAAUGCCACCGUGUUCUCCAACAGCACCAACGACAUUUUGAUCACAGAGCUCCAGAAUGUUUCCCUGCAGGACCAGGGCCACUAUGUCUGCUUUGCUCAAGACAAGAAGACCAAGAAAAGGCAUUGUGUGGUCAGACAACUCGUAGUCUUAGAGCGGAUGGCCCCCAUGAUCACGGGCAACCUGGAGAAUCAGACGACCAGUAUCGGCGAAACCAUCGAAGUUUCCUGCAUGGCGUCUGGAAACCCGCCGCCGCAGUUCACGUGGUUCAAAGACAACGAGACGCUGGUAGAAGACUCAGGUAUCAUCCUGAAGGCGGGGAACCGGAACCUCACCAUCCGCAGGGUGAGGAAGGAGGACGAGGGUCUCUAUACCUGCCAGGCGUGCAGCGUCCUUGGCUGUGUGAGAGCAGAGGCGUUCUUCAUCGUGGAAGGUGCCCAGGAGAAGACGAACUUGGAAGUCAUUAUCCUUGUCGGCACCGCGGUGAUUGCCAUGUUCUUCUGGCUCCUCCUUGUCAUUGUCCUGCGGACCGUGAAGCGGGCCAAUGGAGGGGAACUGAAGACAGGCUACUUGUCCAUCGUCAUGGACCCAGACGAGCUGCCCUUGGACGAGCACUGUGAGCGCCUGCCUUACGAUGCCAGCAAGUGGGAGUUUCCCAGGGAUCGGCUCAAGUUAGGGAAGCCUCUGGGCCGUGGUGCCUUUGGCCAAGUGAUGGAAGCCGAUGCUUUUGGGAUCGACAAGACAGCGACUUGCAAGACAGUGGCCGUCAAAAUGUUGAAAGAAGGAGCAACGCACAGCGAACACCGAGCCCUCAUGUCCGAACUCAAGAUCCUCAUUCACAUCGGCCACCAUCUCAACGUGGUGAACCUGCUGGGGGCCUGCACCAAGCCAGGAGGGCCGCUCAUGGUGAUAGUGGAGUUCUGCAAGUUUGGGAACCUCUCGGCUUACUUACGGAGCAAGAGAAGCGAAUUUGUCCCCUACAAGACCAAAGUGGCGCGGUUCCGUCACGGGAAAGACUAUGUGGGCGAAAUCCCCGUGGACCUGAAAUGCCGCCUGGACAGCAUCACCAGCAGCCAGAGCUCUGCCAGCUCGGGCUUUGUGGAGGAGAAAUCCUUGAGUGACGUGGAGGAAGAGGAAGCUUCCGAAGGUGUGGACAAGGACUCCCUGACCUUGGAGCACCUCCUCUGCUACAGCUUCCAAGUGGCCCGGGGCAUGGAGUUCCUGGCAUCGCGCAAGUGCAUCCACAGAGACCUGGCGGCGCGGAACAUCCUCUUGUCGGAGAAGAACGUGGUGAAGAUCUGUGACUUUGGCCUGGCCCGGGAUAUUUAUAAGGACCCCGAUUAUGUCAGAAAAGGAGAUGCUCGCCUGCCUCUGAAAUGGAUGGCCCCGGAAACGAUUUUCGACAGAGUGUACACGAUCCAGAGCGACGUGUGGUCUUUCGGCGUGUUGCUCUGGGAGAUAUUUUCCUUGGGUGCUUCUCCGUAUCCCGGAGUGAAAAUCGAUGAAGAAUUUUGUAGGCGGUUGAAAGAAGGCACGAGAAUGAGAGCCCCUGAUUACACCACGCCCGAAAUGUACCAGACCAUGCUUGACUGCUGGCACGGGGAGCCCAACGAGAGACCCACGUUUUCCGAGCUGGUGGAGCAUCUGGGGAAUCUGUUACAAGCGAGCGCUCAGCAGGGUGGCAAAGACUACAUUGUUCUUCCGAUGUCAGAGACUUUGAGCAUGGAAGAGGAUUCCGGGCUCUCCCUGCCUACCUCACCUGUUUCCUGUAUGGAGGAAGAGGAAGUGUGCGACCCCAAAUUCCAUUAUGACAACACAGCAGGAAUCAGUCAGUAUCUGCAGAACACUAAGCGAAAAAGCCGGCCUGUGAGUGUAAAAACAUUUGAAGAUAUUCCACUGGAGGAACCAGAAGUAAAAGUAGUCCCAGAUGACAACCAGUCGGACAGUGGCAUGGUGCUUGCAUCAGAAGAGCUGAAAACUUUGGAAGACAGAACCAAAUUAGUUCCAGCUUUUAGUGGAAUGAUGUCCAGCAAGAGCAGGGAGUCUGUGGCAUCUGAAAGCUCCAACCAGACGAGCGGCUACCAGUCCGGGUACCACUCGGACGACACAGACACCGCCGUGUCCUCCAGUGAGGAGGCCGAACUUUUAAAGCGGGUGGAGGCUGGAGGGCCGGGGGGCGGCCCGGCCCUGGGUCUCCAGCCUGACUCUGGCGCCUUGUUGAGCUCCUCUGCUGUUUAAAGGGGGUUCCCGCGUACCCCACUCCUGGAAGUCCCGGGAGAGGCGAAGCUCAGACAGCCACCGCCGCCGGGAAGUAGCCACAUGUGACUUUUGUUUCCAUAGAAACCAGAAAGGACCUCGGACCGCAGGGAGGAGUCUUCCAGGCGCUUCCCAAGAUGCUCCUGACCCAAGAAUGUGUGUGUGUGUGUGUGUGUCGUCUUGUGUUGAUGUUCCCUUCCAGCGGUUUCCAGACUUUUUCUCACGCCCCCAGCUGUAAGAAGUGCCAGCCCUGGGGAGCCAGCAGAGCUAGAGAACUGGGCGGUGCUGCCCGUGCUGGGGGUAGUGAGGCUGGCCACCACGGACAGGGCCCAGGCCAAGUGCACGGCGCUGUGCGGGCUGCGGGGCCGAGCCUGCUGGCUGGAGCCUGCCUGCACCUCGUGUUGGCUCCGGCGAAGGUGGCCCCGUGGUCUCUUAGGAAAGGCCGCCCGGGGUUUCUGGUUGGAGGAGUUUGCGUGCUCUGGGCAGUUGGGCCAAAGCAGAAUUCCUGGUGCGCUUCCGACCCCUGAUGAGAGUUCCUUCCGCACCCUGACGUGGCUCCUGGCCGAGUCCCGGGAAGGAAAUGACGCAGGUCUGGCUCCUUGUCUCCCAGGCCGAUCCGCUCUGCAGAGCGCCGAGAAGGAAAGACAUUCGGCCCGAGGUGCCCUGUCCCGGGCAGGAGUCUGACCCUGCAGGCGGCUUCUAGAACCUCUGGCUGAGUGCACACGUGGCUGACCUGGUGGCCCGUGUCUGGGACUGAUCGCAGCAAGUGUCAGCCUUCCGGCCUCUUCUCCCCCCUCCCAGCCCCACACCCUCGCCCCCACAUCGGUUCUUUGGGGGCCCUCCACACUCCAGUAAGCCCAACUCGAUUUGUUCACUCUCGACUGUUAGCUUUUUGUUUUUUUCGAAAUUACUUUAUAGCCAAAGUUAUAACAACAUCUAUUGUAUUAUUUAGACUUCUAACAUAUGAAGCUGUUUCUUCUGAUUUUUGUCCUUGUCCUGUUCUUUUCUUUAAAAAAAAAAAAAAAAGAAGAAACUAUUUUUCCAUUGGUUGGUACCAUAGUGUGAGAUGCUGGGAACAAUGGCUAUAAGACAUGCUAUGGCACACAUAUUUAUAGUCUGUUUAUGUAGAAACAAAUGUAAUAUAUUAAAACCGUAUAAUAUAUAUAAUGAACUUUGUACUAUUCACCCUUCGUAUCAGUAUUAUGUAGCAUAACAGUGGUCAUCAUAUUUCAGCAAUUGAGGUCAUUUUAUUAAAAAAACAUUGAAACCUUAAAGGAUUCUCUCCUGUACCUGCCAUUUCUUUGGUUUUUCAAAGGGAGGAGGGGGAGUUAGACAUAGUAUGACUGUUUUGCAUUUUU